GUUAAGCCUUUUCGGUCGACACAGAUUCAACUUUGAUUUUUUUCUUGAUCAGUUGAAUCGAGUGGUUUUUGGUUUGGAGUGAGUAAUACUACUCAAUUCUUGCUUUCUUCUUCUUCUUCUUUCUCUCGAGUAACACGCAAGUCAAUAUUCUUCUUCUUCUUCUCUCGAGUGAGGGUUUAGAGUUGUGUGUGUGCAUCUAUUUAGAACUGAAAUCAAUGUCUCAGAGUAAAAAAUUGACUCCGAAUCUGGAUCAGAACACCACGAAGGUGCUCAAUCUCACCGUGCUCCAACGCAUGGAUCCAUUCAUUGACGAGAUUCUCUUCACCGCUGCUCACGUUUCCUUCUACGACUUCAACAUCGAAACCAGCCAGUGGAGUCGCAAAGAUGUUGAAGGAUCUCUCUUCGUCGUCAAGAGGAAUUCACAACCACGGUUUCAGUUUAUCGUAAUGAAUCGAAGAAAUACAGAUAAUUUAGUAGAGAAUCUAUUGGAUUUUGAGUAUGAACUUAAAAAGCCAUACUUGUUAUAUCGGAAUGCAUCACAAGAAGUUAAUGGUAUAUGGUUUUAUGAACCAGAAGAAUGUGAAGAAGUUGCAAAUCUCUUUAAUAGGAUUCUUAAUGCAUACCCAAAGGCACUUCCUAACACAACAAUGCCUUCUAGCAAAAGUGAGUUUGAGGAACUUGACCAAGGGUCAAUCAUGACUGAAAGCCCACUAGAGUUGUCUUCAGCACCCGCUUCUACAACUGAUACUAUUGAAGAUCGUGUAUUUACAAACUUCUUCAACAUGUCUAAAGUUAGUGGACAAUAUGCUUCAAAUGUAGAAAGUUUUAGACAGCCUUACCAUUCUGCAAGUGUCACUUCUACUGUUCCUGGUGGUUUAUUGUCUCCUGUACCUUCUAUUCAAAUGCCAUCUGCCUCUCAUGAAACAAUCAACAGUGGCAAUCCGAUCACUCAUCUUGUUAAGCCUUCUAAUUUUCUUGCAUCCAACUCUUUAUUACCAUUAAUUCCACCUAUUUCUUCAUCUGUGCCACCUAGUGCGGCUGCUCAUCAUCCCCAGAAUUUGCCACGCCAAUAUGGCACUCCACUGCUUCAACCAUUCCCACCACCUAAUCCUCCUCAUUCCCUUACCCCUAUUUCUAGCUCCACACCAAUUAAACAGGUUAUCAGCAGGGAUAAAGUUCGGGAUGCACUCACAUCACUGGUUCAGGAUGAUAAAUUCAUUGACAUGAUGUUCCAGACGAUACUGAAGAUGCAUAAUUCAUGAGUAAUCAAACUUAGAAGGUUGGGUGAAAACAGCAUAUAAACUUAGUUCUGUAUAUGGUAGUUACUCUCCAACACAUCUGACGGGACCAUGACAUCCUUUGUGUAACUUUAGUUUAGAUGUUCGUCUGUCUUUUACUCUGGCCACAACUUUGCAUAUCUGCAUUGGCCGAUUCCGCAAUACACUAUUGAGUUAUAUAUGAAGUUAUAUAGUGCUUUAAUACACAUUAUCCUCACCAUUGAGUUUUUUGUAUGUAUAUACGUGGACAGUAAUGAAAGAAAACAAGGAUUAAAGUCUUAAAUAAUUUUAAUUUGAUAAAUUGAUAGCUGCCCAUGUUGUGUACACACAAAAAUCUAAUGGUGAAUAUUUCUGUGUAUAUUUACACUUCUAAACUCUAGUAUAUCGUAGAAAUAGCCAGCUGUAAUCGAAUGAUAUCGAAUAUCCACAAGUACUUUGCUAUUAGUUUUCUCCUCAAACUUCGUGGUA